AGUCCUCACGAACGAGCGCGCCAAGCGCACAGCGCCGCCUUCUGGCAGAGGCCUCCCACCGACCCUCAGCUUCGAGCACCAGGCACCGCCUCCACCCCCUCAUGUGCCAAGUGGAGUUCGAGCUGGCGCGCGCGGCCCUCAAGCAGCUGAAGGGUCCUGUGAGCGAUCCGGAGAAGCUGCUGAUCUACGGCCUCUACAAACAAGCCACCCAGGGCGACUGCGGCGUCCCCGCCCCUCCGGCCUCAGACGUGAAGGCCAGGGCCAAGUGGGAGGCUUGGAGCGCGAACAAAGGGGUGUCCAAGAUGGACGCCAUGAGGAGCUACGCGGCCAAAGUGGAGGAGCUGAAGAAGAAGGAAGUGGGGGGCAGGGAGCGCGAACAAAGGGGUGUCCAAGAUGGACGCCGUGAGGAGCUAGGCGGCCAGAGUGAGGAGCUGAAGAAGGAAGUGGGCGGCAUGGAGCGCGAACAAAGGGGUGUCCAAGAUGGACGCCAUGAGGGGCUACGCGGCCAGAGUGAGGAGGUGAAGGAGGAGGAGGCUGGCUGAGGGCUCCUCGGGAAUGGAAAGGGAUUCUUAGACCUUGAUGGCUGAAACGUCCUGAAACUGUCGCAAGCUUAGCCGAGACAUCAAUAAAUCACUUAAACUGCGUGAGAGUGACCGACUGCUGUUGGAACAGAGGAACUGGAGGAACUCGGUGACUGAGUGCUGGGGAGGCGUCCAAAUACACAGACUGGCUUUUUGUAUGGUUUUGGGUGGAGUUCCCAGCCCUCCUAUUACAAGAGCGUAUGUAGGUAUUUGGCAGGAGAGAGGGGCACAGUGUGCUGUGGAAACGCCCAAGAUCUGAGGGCAGGAGACCAUUCUCCAGUGACGGCCUCUUGGGAGGCUGAGGCCCCAGCCCCUUUUCUCUUCAAGGCGGAUUCACUAAUACCCCAACACCACAGAGGGGAGCGGGACUCUGUCCUAAACACUAAAGUCCAAAAGCCCCCACUGGAACACAGGGCCUACCAAGUUCAUGUUUUGAGGGAGACCAAGCUUUCCGUGAUGAUAGUGCGGUGAAACAAUUGAUGGGUCAGAACACAGCAGCUGAGAAACAAUGGAGCAGGUGCUGUCAAAAUCCCAGCCCCAGAAAGGCUCACCUAAGGCCGGGCAACCCAAAUGUUCUCGGGACUGUUCGUACUUAACCCUGGUUUCUGCUUAGGGGAUGUUGGUGGGACAAUAUGCAUAUGGAUGUCUAUGUGGGAUUUGCUGCAAGAGCACAACACAGCCCUUGACCUAUGCAAGUGCCAGAGUGUCUGAACCCAGCUUCUACUCCUGUUAAUGAUCACGGGGGCCUCAAUGCACAACCAUUGUGCAUGGCAGCUGGAGUAUGGAAUAGUGAAUGGUAUCCAGAGAGGCAGGUCUACAGUGGCAUAUGGGAUUUCCUGGUACUUCUUCCUUAAUAGAAACUCUUUUCACAGAUCAUGACAUCAGGUCAGCUCCAGUUCUCAUUGGGACCAAUAAAACAAUAGAAGCAACAACCAUAAAGACUUAAGAGGACAAAGGAAACAGACCUCACUGUGUGUCUUCAAGAUCUGUUCACAUAGUUGCAGGAAGUUGUUAUAGACAAAGUACAUUACUAAAAAAUGAAGCCCACCCAGGACAUCACAGCGAUGAAAGAACUAUUUCUGGUAACUGGACCAGGCGAGAGCUACACUGGAGAAGAGCAGUGCUGCCCUCUCUUCUUUGGUGAAUGUUAUGAAGACGUUCUGGUGCACUUCGGAUCAUGAUUCAUGUUAAAUGUAAAUAGUAAAAAUAAUACAUCUUGUUCCAAAAUGUGGUGACAAUUUAGAAGCUGUCUAUAUAGCCAGAACACUCUGUAAAUCACAGAACCUAGAAAGUAAAAAUGUGCCAUAAUUAGGAUAGCAGAAAGUAACAGUAAGAUAAAGUUUUUAAAAAGAGAGAAAAUAAGGAUGUAUCUAGUUGUAUUUGCUUACGAAGGGGUUACCUAUAGGAUGCAGGGAAAAUGGGAUUGAUGGGCAUGGGGUAUACUGUGAAAGGAAAAUAAAAUCUUGGGACCAAAUUCACUAAGCCAAAGGGAAAAGUUAAGUUUGGAAAUUGAGUCAUGGAACAUGCAAAAAACUUUUCCUUUUGUUCCUAAACAGAUAAGCUAUAAGACAGAAGGCCACAUAUCUCCCCAGGUGGUCUCCCUCACCCGACAAUAUAAAUUAACAGCUUAUCUUCAUAGGUAAGGGACAAAGACAACACCAGAAACCAUCCCUCACCAGCCCUGAGACAAAACGUAGAUGUACUGAGCUGAAUGCCUAACUGUUCCUCUGCCCGCUGCUUUCACUGUAACAUGUAGAUUUGGUGAGCGCUAAAUAUAGAUUUACUGAGCUGAAUGCAUAACUGACUGUUCCUCUGCCUGCUCCUUUCACUGUAACACAUAGAUUUGGUGAGCACUAAAUGUAGAUUCACUGAGCUGAAUGCAUAAAUGACUGUUCCUCUGCCCACUCCUUUCACUGUAACAUGUAGAGUUGGUGAGCGCUAAAUGUAGAUUCACUGAGCUGAAUGCAUAACUGUUCCUCUGCCUGCUCCUUUCACUGUAACAUGUAGAUUUGGUGAGUGCUAAAUGUAGAUUCACUGAGUUGAAUGCAUAACUGUUCCUCUGCCCACUCCUUUCACUGUAACAUGUAGAUUUGGUGAGUGCUAAAUGUAGAUUUACUGAGCUGAAUGCAUAACUGUUCCUCUGCCCACUCCUUUCACUGUGACGUAGAUUUGGUGAGCGCUAAAUGUAGAUUCACUGAGCUGAAUGCAUAACUGUUCCUCUACCCCCUCCUUUCACUAUGACAUGUAGAUUUGGUGAGCGCUAAUCAAAGCCUCACAAGAAUGUAACCACUUAUCUCCCUACCUACCCUCCUUUAUUUUUCCUUUCCCUCUUCUCUCCCUUCCUGCUCUUUCCCUUUUAAAUACUUGUUAGGAAUAACGCUCAAAAUCCUAAGGAAAUUGAACACUCAAACAAAGGAUUCUUAGCAAAGCAAUUUUACUUCUGCGCAGAGGGGUGCCUCGUUGGCCAGUCGCCAUGAGAGCACACCUGAACAAAGGGGCACAAGAGCCUUUAUUCCUGACACAAGUCCUGCCCCUGUACCUUUUUCCAUUGGCUGGGGUCGGGUCGUACAAUCUAAACUAAUCCCACUUGGCUAAACACUUGAUUUUUUUAGAUAGGGUGGGCACGUAAAAGAAAGUGGAAAGGAAGGGGAAGGGGUGUCUGUAAUGAGCUAGAAAGUUAGUCCUCUUUCCAAAUAAGGAAAGGAAUGUGAGCUGGCACUGAUAACACUUGGUACUGUGGCAUGCCUGGGCAUCUAACAAAGGAAAAAAGGAUAAAAAUGGGGGGUACUAAGAAUUAAAGAAUAAAAUAUUGAUCAGAUUAUUUGAAGAAAAACCUCAUCAUAUCCCACAUACUAAAGCCCUAAAAAUCUUCUUUGGAAAGAGUGUGGGCCACAGAUCUGUGGUUGCGUCUCCUUCUCAGGCACAUCUUCAAUCUUGGCAAAAUAAACCUCUAAAUGGGCAA